CAAAUUAUUUGUAGAUUUAAAAAGUGAAUUCAACACAUAAUAUUUUAUCUGCCAUGGAUUAUAAAUAGAAAAACACAUACUGCCGGAAUCAACUAAUAUAAUAUGAAACGAAAAAAUGGUGGAGCGGAGAUGUUCAUGUGUGUUGGGGUAUUGUUGGCAGGAUAUUUUAUUUCUGCUUAUGACAACAUCGCUCUAGGAAAGAAUGCCUCACAGCAGUAUCCGUUUUUCCCGUUGAGCAACCUGCCUUGGGGAGCAGAUAAGGCUGUGGAUGGGAGGUAUUCAGACCGAGCACCUGUUGGAGAACACUGUACGAUAUCUGACAGUAGAAAACAUAAUGCCACCUGGUGGGUGGAUCUAGGAGGAGUGUUUAGGAUACAUCAUAUAACUAUAUACUACAGAACAGAUAAUUUUGAGUGGGACUCGACCAAUGGUUAUACAGAACGAUUUCUCGGAUUCUCGGUUUACGUUUCGAACACAACCAACAAGGAAGAGGGUAAUCUAUGUUUUAAGGACACAAAUUACACCAAGGAGACAAUACCUAGUAAUAUAACGAUAGAAUGUGUAAUGAAUGGACGAUACGUCAUUUACUACAAUGAAAGACUUCCUGGAAAUAUCUACCCUGAGGGAUAUUCCCAGUAUGCUUUCAACGAGCUUUGUGAACUUGAAGUUUAUGGAUGCAAUAUGUCUGAUGUUUAUGGAGAGAAUUGUACCCUACCUUGUCCACGGAAUUGCAUUGAGCGUCAAUGUGACAUUGUGGAGGGGACUUGUCUUGGAUGCAUUGUCGGAUACAAGGGUUCAAAAUGUGAAGAAGAAUGCCCCAUUGGACACUUUGGAUACAAUUGCGAGGAGUCUUGUAACAUCAACUGUAGGGUCCGUGGUAGAUGUAACAGAGUGACAGGACUAUGUCAAGGUGGAUGCAAGGAUGGGUGGGAAGGGUCAAGAUGUGACAAAAGUAAAAAUGAUAUGGAUCUUUUCGGACCUAGCUUGUUAGGUCAAUGUCUGGUUGACAUGUCAGGACCAAAGACUUUUACUGCCUUUUACUAUUUAGACCACACAAAGUAG